AGGUAUUUUGUUUAUUUACCAAAUUGUCGAUAGAGCAUUUUUAUUAAACUGAAUGUCACAUUGCGUCUAUUUGGUUUUUGUGAAUUUCUUACUAUUAAUUUUUUUUAGAAUAUAAGCAGCAUUGAAAAAUAUCAAUAAAUUAGAGUACAUUAAAAAGAAAAAAUCACUUUGUCCAUCUAGGCGGAAAAAUGGCUUUAGCUCUGCAAAGACGAGCCAAUGUCCGGCUUCCACCCGAGGUAAACAGAAUACUCUACAUAAGAAAUUUACCAUAUAAAAUAUCCGCUGAAGAAAUGUAUGAUAUAUUUGGAAAAUACGGAGCUAUAAGACAAAUAAGAGUGGGCAACACACCAGAGACUAGAGGAACUGCAUUUGUGGUAUAUGAAGACAUUUUUGAUGCCAAGAAUGCUUGUGACCAUUUAUCAGGCUUUAAUGUUUGCAAUAGAUACUUAGUUGUACUUUAUUAUAGAUCUAACAAAGCUUUCAAGGGCAUGGAUAUUGAAAAGAAACAAGAAGAGUUAGAUUCAUUGAAGAAAAAAUAUGGAAUUUCUUCAGAUGACCUCAGAAAAUAAAAUUAUGACUUUAAAAUUUACCAAUAAAUUGUAAGAAUGUA